AUGAAAACAUAUCUGAAUGCAAUCAACAUCAAUCCAAAUGAUAAAGAUGCACUAUUCCAACUUGCAAUAACAAUUGAUCAUAUUUCCAAAGAUCAACAAGAAAUCACACUUCUAUCAGGUGAAUCAAUGACGAAAGAACAACUCCUAUUGAAAGUCAUCAUUCUGGAUCCAAACUAUGCAGGUGCUUAUUACAAGUUGGCAAUCGUUCUUGCAGAUGAGAAUCGAUCAUCGAUCAUACUUCCAUCAGGUGAAUCGAUGACAGAAAAACAAUUAUACUUGAAAGCAAUAGAGUGUGAUCCAACUUAUUCAAGUGCAUUUCAUAACCUUGCAACUACUCUUUCAGAUGGCGAAUCAAUCACAUUACACAAUGGAAUAUCGAUGACAGAACAACAAUUAUACUUGAAAGCAAUAGAGUAUGAUCAAACAUCUUCGGAUUCAUAUGACAACCUUUCUUUAUUACUAACAGGAGGCACAAUAACACUUAAUAAUGGAAAAUCAAUGACAAAACGACAAUUACUCUUGAAGUCAAUAGAAUAUAAUCCAACUGAUUCCGGAUUAUACUAUCGACUUGCAUUAACACUCUCUAAAAGAAAACCAAUUACAUUACACAAUGGACAAACAUUGACACAACAACAAUUAUACUUGAAAGCAAUAGAGUAUGAUCCAAGUCAUUGUGAUCCAAAACUUUCACAUCCAUAUCAUAACCUUGCAGAUACACUCUCACAUAGUGGAACAAUCAUUUUGAAUAAUGGACGAUCAAUGAAUAAAAAACAACUUUUGUUACAUGCGAUAGAGUGUGAUCCAGAGUAUCCUAAUUCCUAUUUUGAUCUUUCAUUACUACUUACAACCGGCGCUUCAAUCACACUACUAAAUGGACAAUCAAUGACAAAACAACAACUAUGGUUUGAAGCACUCAAAUUAGAUUACACACGAUCAUUGAUUUACAAAGAAAUUGGAUUAUCUCUUUUGAACAACAAGCAAACUAUUACACUUCCAGAUGGUGAACAAAUGACAAGGAGACAACUUCUUCAAAAAGCAAGACAAUUUAAAACAAAACGGUCAAGAGAAUAA